GUUGAGUGUCAACGAGAUAUCAAGUUGUUAGAUGCGACUUUUGGUAGCCCAUGGGAAACUGUCACCUUGACAACAUUGGCCCGUGAUCAACAUUUGUUUGUUGAAGGAAACACAAGAGCUAGCAUUAGCUAA